CUUGGCGGAUCGGCUCUUCUUCGUCCAGUUAUCGAACGCGCGUGCGAGACCCGCGAGUCAUGGCGGCGCUGCGUUCCGGGGUCCGUCGCCUCUUCUCCAUCUCCGCCUUCUCUCCCCCGCCUUCCGCCGCCGUCCCCCCGCCCGCUGAGCCUUCGACCAACCUUUUCGUCUCAGGACUCAGCAAGCGAACAACAUCCGAAGGACUGAGAGAAGCUUUCUCAAAGUUUGGACAAGUAAUCUACGCUAGGGUUGUGACUGAUCGUCUGUCAGGCUAUUCUAAAGGGUUUGGAUUUGUGAGAUAUUCAACCUUGGAAGAAGCUGCCCAAGGUAUAACAGGAAUGGAUGGCAAGUUUCUUGAUGGCUGGGUUAUUUUCGCCGAAUAUGCAAGACCAAGGCUGCCACCACCAGACCAAACACAGGCUCCCCCUCCCCCACAACAAACUUCUGAGCCACCAUUCAAUCAUCAGUAGAGCUUGAAUUCUUGUAUGGCUACAUAAAUUUAUGAGACUAGAUAUCAUUAUAGCAUAGACUUAUGUGCAAUUAUUCUCUUGAAAGGUACUUGGAUCGCACAAUUCAAGUAAUUGGAGAGUUAAUAAGAUCUUAAAAAGACAUUGAAUUAUAAAUGCACUUUGUUGGA